CAUGGCGACUAACGGAUGGGUAGUUCAUUUUUCUUCCCUUGACAUUUGCGUCGAGUUUAUUCGGCAUGAAUGUGGAUGUCCUCAGCGACAACCCUUCAUGGCGUUGGUAUCUUCUCAUUGGAGGAGUUCUACUGCUAUUGACGGUGGCAGUAUGGCUAUCGAGCAAGUUUACGAAUAUUGAGCGAUGGGUAGAGAACCAAGCAGAGCAGCUUAUCAACGGACGUCAGAAGAAAGAGACACUUAUGUGGUGAUACCCACAUUAACUGGUUAAGAUUCACACCACACACACCAAGUGAUACA